CCACAGACCCUCGAGACUCUGCAAAAGACACACGUCCCUGAAGUGGGCUCAAUGAUGAUGAAGGGGCUUCUGCUCCUGUGUCUGCUCCCCUUACUCGGAGUCAGAGGUCAAGGGUCAUCGGCGUGCCCCCACCUUUGUACCUGCCAUCACAGUCAGGUGGACUGCAGUGGCAGGUCUCUCACCAGCACUUCACUCCCCGCCAGUUUCCCUCCCGGCACAACUGAGCUCCAUCUGGACAACAACCUGCUGACCACACUGCCUUACGGCUUCCUGGAUACCCUGACAUCCCUGCGCUCAGUCUCCCUCCAUGGCAAUCCAUGGAUGUGCAACUGUGGUGUGCUGUACUUGCGAGAAUGGCUGUAUCGCCAGCCGAUCGGCAUCGUCUCACACCUCAACAUCAGCUGCAGUUCCCCUCCCCACCUGACAGGGAGGCUGGUGGUGUACUUGACAGAAGCGGAACUCCUGGAUUUGUGUCACUACUGGUACUGUGACCUGGCUCUGGCCUCAAUGCUGUGUCUGUUUGUGUUUGUGGUGGUUCAGGUGCUGCUGGUAGUGGCAGUCAUCAUGUUCCUCAGGAAAUUUGAGAAGCUGUCCAGGGAGGCCAGAGGAGCCACAGAGGAAAGCUUCGCCAUGGGAGAGGGCACGAUGGCUGAUGAGCUCGAGCCCUUGAAGGACAGCAGCAUGUAAGAUGGAGGAAGGUCAUCUGUUGUAGGUGGUUCCUUGAUGAGAACAGUUAAUUGUUUCUUUUUUAUUUCAGUCACACAAUGAACAGGAAAAUGUCACAAUAAUACAUUUAAUUUGUAGACUAAAAGAUUGUCUUUAAGCCCAUCACACCCAUCUCCCCAAGCCCACUGUUGUCUGUAAACUGAAAAAUGUUCUGUCUGAUGGGGUGCAAGAUGUUUAAUUUACUUCAUGUGAGACAACUUGAGAUCCUUUCCAGCUACAUUGCAUCACAUAAUGUAAUUGUAAUGUUUACUUCAGAAAAGUUGUUUUUUUUACCAUUUUUCUUAUUAAUAGAUUGAGAAUAUGUUCGUGUUCCCGUGUAUGUUUUUCUGGCUGAUUUUUUUUAAUCAUUAAAGAUACUCAAA